CGUGCACAAGCAAACAUCGAAAUUCGAAUUCGGAUCGGUUCGGGUCGGGUUGUCAAACAGAUCAAACAAGAAAAUUUGCUGGCUUGGUUGAACAUAUUUUUUGGGAAAAAGGUUUUGAUUCGGAUUGUUAGUGACCAGUUUUAAUUCAGAUUGUUAUAGUAACCAGUUCAUGUUGAAAAAUCGACAAUAUGCACUUUGAAAACAGUUGCCGAUUAUGUCUAAAGGACCUCAGUGAUGUUCUCUUCGACGAAGAUAGUCAUGUCUCUAUGGCUGAGGACAAAAGCCUGCAGCGUAUGGUCCUGGAGUGCUUCCAGAUUCAGGUUACCGAUGGAGAAACAGUUUCGAAGGUUUGCGGUAAAUGUAACACUGAAAUCCGAAUGGUUCAUAAGAUUAGAAAGCGGAUAAGAAAGGCAGAUUUUGAAAUCAAGCAAUAUUAUGCAACGUUGGUAAAGGAGGAAGAUGUUGGUUUAGAAGAAGAAGAAUUCGACGACAUUCAAAGGAACGUACAAACUGAACUGGUUCAGACCGAUAGUAAUGAUUAUGAAGAAAAACCUGACGUGUUAAGGUUAGAAAAUCAUUCAAAUAAUGAUGACGAUGAUCAUUACAAGAAAUACGAAUUUAUCGAGGUUGAGCCACAUUUUCAAGAACACCAAUCCAUCAUAGAAGAUACUACGGAUGACGAAAGUGAACGCAAAAGUGCACAAACAAAAAAACAGCGUAAGAAAAGAAAUCCUUCUAAUGCUGUUAAUAACCCUGAAGUGCGCAAGAAAACUGAUAGUAAAUGCUAUAUUUGUGCGUCCGAAUUUGAAACCACGGAAAUGCUAGAUAGUCAUCUCGGCACUCACGUUGGAUCUAGCUCACCAAUAUGUAAUCUAUGCGAUUUUCCUGCAACCACAGUCCGGUCAUUGAAUAUGCAUUUGAGAACCAUUCACUUCAGGAAGGGGAAACGGAUUCCCUGCGACGAAUGUAAAAAAAGCAAUACUGUUCGAGAAUUUUCGUCAAAACACAAACUACAAGCCCACAUUAAAUCAUUCCAUGAAGGCAUUGUAGAAGUUCAGGAAAAAACACAUGUCUGCACCUACUGUGGAAAAGCAUUUAGUAGGGGAACACACUUAAGAUUACACGAAAAUAUUCACACAAAAGCAAUAAUAUAUAAAUGCAAUACUUGUCCUUUUUCCACAACAUCAAGAUCGGGAUUGUUGAGGCAUCAACGAAUUCAUACUGCUGAGAAACCAUUCAAAUGCGAUGAAUGUGAUGCAUCUUUUAACCAGUCAAAUUCACUACAUUCUCAUAAAGCGGCCAAGCACAACGACGAACGACCAUUCGUUUGUGAAAUUUGUGGAGUAUCGAAAAGUUUUAAGACUAAAUACAUUCUUCAAUCACACAUGCGAUCGCACGAAAAGUCUGAUACUUUAUCAUACUUGAAAGGUCGUCGUAUUAAAACAUCUGGCACAGAAAUAACUGUUUAUGACCCAGAGCUCAAGUGCAGUUUCUGCCCUGCUGUGUAUCGCAAGGAGUUAUUUCUUUGUCGUCAUAUCGUUGAAAAGCAUCCUUUGGAAACUGUGGACAUGAUUCCAUGCGAUGUAUGCAAUGCGGUUGACAAAAAUGUAUUUUUUCUAACCCGAGAUGAAAAGAAACGCCAUGACGAAAAUCACGAUAAGAUCAAAGCAGUCCCGGAAAAGGAACGCGUUUGUUCGGAAUGUGGAAAAGUAUUUCAAACUAACUCUUCCUAUCAUCAUCAUCGCCAGACACACUUCAACAACGUUUGCAAAGAAUGUGGAAAAUCGUUUUCAACUAGUCGAACCUUAAGACUUCAUUUGCUAACGGUACAUCUAAAGUCUCGGCCCUACAAAUGUAACAAAUGUGAUUCCUCGUUUGGACAACUGACAACAUUGAAUACGCACAUGAAAGUUCAUCGAAAGUAGGGGAGUGUAGUAGCUUAGUCUUCUUAUUCUUAUACAUUUUUACUAACACCACGUUCUUAAGAUAUAUUGUAUUGAUAAUUACUAACUUGAACGACUACCUACUGAAAUAAAUAGCAUAUUUUUGCUUCGUUUA